AUGGAGUACGAACACAAAUCCUAUGAUGAAUUAAAGCAAGACUUCUUGGGUGAAAUGGACUUCAUCAGUAACAUUGGUACCAAAAUGUUUAUUUAUCCGUUCAUCGGUCGAUCUAAAAUCAUCACUUACUGUUUCUACCUCACUUAUGGCCUCUUGUUCUUAACAUCAGCUCAAUUAAUCGUCACUCUCUGUAUCAUUUGUGUGGAAAGCUUUGAUUGGUUCGAGAUCAUCAACGUUGCCCCUAACAUCGGAGUUUGCUUUAUGAUUUUGAUUAAGUACAAAAAAAUCAAUGACAACAAAGAGCUAUAUAAUAAAAUCUUCAAACAUUUUCGAUUUGACUUAUGGGAUACAGUUUUUAAUACCGAAGAACACAAGAAGAUCCUGAAUCGGUACACGCAGACAACAAGGUUGAUUUUGAGAUUUGAAUUCUAUUACACUAUUGGCCUUGCUGUCAUAGUUGAUUUAUUUCCAAGAAUCAUUAUGAUUUACCAGAACGAUAUUCUUGAUAAAGAACAACAGUAUCUGUAUCCAUUCGAUGGCUGGUAUCCUUUCGACAAAAUUGAAUGGUACAAUACUGCGUACAUAUGGGAGAGUUUUAUGACCACAGUCGUUAUCUUCAUUUACGUUUUUGUCAAUAUGCUCCAUAUUUCUUUCACUCGGUACAUUUGUUUUGAGUUAAAAAUCCUUGGCAGUACUAUGGAGGACCUUAUUAAUGAGGAUGACGUUGUAAAGAUUAAGAAAGGGAGAGAGAUAGCAAAAGUCCAUAAGAAAAUUAGCAACAAAUUAAAGUUUAUCAUUAGUAAGCAUCAGUUUUUGGCCAGAAUAACGUCUGAUUUAGAUAAAGUACUGGGUGAUGGAAUGUUUUUAACAUACAUGUUUGGAUCUGUAUUCAUCUGUUUAACAGCAUUCACAGCUACAGUUGUAGAUGAUCUGUACAAAUCUAUGCGAUAUUUCUCUUUCUUUUGUUCUUUGCUUGUGGAAGUAUUCUUUCAAUGCAUAAUGGGACAACUUCUUAUUGAUCAUAGUAAUAAACUGGAGAAAGCAAUAUAUUUUGCUGACUGGGUCUAUGCUAAUAAUGCAACGAAGAAAAUGUUGUUAAUUUUCUUAAUUCGUUCUCAAAAACCUUUCGAAUUCAGCGCCAACGGGUACUUGACUAUGAAUUUGGAUACUUUUAGUGGGAUCUGCAGCCUGUCCUACCAAUUUUUCAAUUUACUACGCACUGCAUAUUCAGAAUAA